AUACAAAUGAACUUUGCGGAAAAUCGGAAUGCGGCCACGAGCCCAAUUCUGGCGGCCGACCCCUUCCAUUUGGUCGUUGUUUCUUUGUGACAUCUUCAACCAUGGCACCUAGACUACGCGCAAAGCCCAACACUCAUGCUAAAAUGCAGAGAUCCUCAACACAGUUCAAUGCACCAGGACAGACGCCCAAACCAGAUGUGCAGCAACCCACAUGGACGAGAGGGUCUUCCCUGACCAAGAACCAGGACCACGGAACCCACGAUGGGGAGACGAGGUAUGUAACAGUUUGAUCCUGCGAAGGAAGACAGACGAGAUCUGCAGCUUCCGCCUUCGGAUACCCUACCUGAAAGCCCUUGACACACCGCCGGAGAUCCCCCAAGAGCUGAGAAAGUUCGCCCUGAAAUUCCCAAAUGACUUGCUCACUGAUGGGGACCUCCUGCACGCGCACCUCGUCUGGUACGAUCUCCUUCAGGCCCCCGAACUGAAUCAGGAGAGAUCCAUGGAAGAAGCGCGGAAGGGUGCGAAGAGGGACUCGGCUGCAUGGACUGUCCCAGAGGCCGACUUGGUGGAGUGCAUUCUGGCAUGGCCUCACUACCUGAGGUGGACAGAAGAAACUGGGGGCUCGGAGUGCCAUAAUCUUUUUCGAUGACUUUGGGCCCUUGGAGCGCGCCAGGGAGGGAGAGAGAGGCAGCGGCACGGCCAGCCCGGGCUGCAGGGUCAAUGAAUCCUUCCUUGGUGACCAGGCAUCGGGAACUAUCCUUGUUGGCAAAGAUCAACUGCUCGCCAAGUCUUUUUUGUGGUCGGACUGUGAUUCUACCACGAAUAACACCAGAUGAUGUUUGCCUGUUGACACUCUCGACCGUUGUCGUGCACAAGUCCUACGUGGCCUUGAUUCUUUCUGGCCCUCAUC